CAAGAUGGCGGCAAGUUUGGAUCGAGAAAGUCCUCCACUUAGAGAGAGUGAUGAUGAUGAUGAUGGAUGGGAAGAGGUUGAUGAGAAUUCUGAGACUAUAGCAAAGUGUUUGUUUUGCAGUGAGACGUGUGAAGGAGCCCAGAAAACAUUCCAGCAUUGUCUUGAUGUUCACAACUUUAACUUGCCAACAAUAAAACACAGCUAUGGUCUUGAUUUUUAUGGUUACAUCAAGCUCAUGAACUACAUACGAAAAAAGAAUCCUUCACCAGACAGCUUCAAGACUUUAUUUUCUCAUCCAUACCCCUGGGAUGACCAGGAGUUUUUGCAACCAGUACUUGAAGAUGAUGCUUUGCUGUGGUAUGAUUUUGAUGAAGAAGUGGCAAAGGAUGAAGGGGAGAGAAAGGUGAUGAAUGGUGCUGGAAAUGAAGGCACUGUUAGUCACACUGACUAUAUGGAACUUAAACAGAGGCUUUUAAUGAUGGAAGAGCGAGCAACAACAGCAGAAGCAGAUCUUGCUAAAGCAAGAGAUGACAUACAGCAGUUGAGAAUGGUAGCCAAAUCAUUCCUUGAAGAAGACAUAUCUAAAACCAACAGAACGCACAAGAAUUGUCAAUCCGUCAAUCGAGGUGGUAAUGAUGGCCAUGAUGAUGAUGAGGAUAGUGCAUACUUUAGUUCGUACGCUCAUUUUGGGAUCCACGAAGAAAUGCUCAAGGAUAAAGUAAGAACAGAAAGCUACAGAGAUUUUAUAUUGGGAAAUCCUAACAUAUUUAAAGAUAAGGUAGUGUUGGAUGUUGGAUGUGGCACAGGAAUACUGUCCAUGUUUGCAGCCAAGGCAGGUGCACGUCAUGUGAUAGCAAUUGACCAAUCAGAAAUCAUCUAUCAAGCAAUGGAUAUUGUGCGUGAAAAUGGUCUUGAUAAGACAAUUACUCUGUUAAAUGGAAAAGUAGAAGAAGUGACUCUACCUGUUGACAAGGUAGAUAUUAUAAUAUCAGAAUGGAUGGGAUAUUUUCUAUUAUUCGAGUCUAUGUUGGAUACCGUCCUCUUUGCAAGAGACAAAUGGUUAUCCCCAGGGGGGAUAGUAUUUCCUGAUAAAUGUUCUAUUCACCUUGUUGCCAUGGGAACUCUUGAAGAUCAAACGCCAAAAAUCAACUUCUGGGAUGACGUGUAUGGAUUUAAAAUGUCUUGUAUGAAGACGUCUGUUAUCAAGGAACCAUCGGUGUCUGUGGUGAACCCAAACGCUGUCAUAUCCACAGUCUCGUGUAUUAAGAGUUUAGACAUAAAUAAGUGCAAAUCAGAAGACUUGAACUUUAUUUCGUCGUUUAAGCUGAAAAUCCUUAAGGACGACCAACUAACGGCAAUUGUAGCAUAUUUUGAUAUAGUCUUCGAGCAAGAUGCAGUCAAAAAGGUGGAGUUUAGCACCAGUCCUGGCCAACAACCAACCCACUGGAAACAGACUGUCUUUUAUUUGAAAGACACUAUACCUGUUAUCAAAGGCCAAAGUCUUUCAGGCCACCUUUCUUGCUACAAAAACCUGAAAGACACUCGUUCUUUGGAUAUCAGAAUAGAACUGGUUGAUAUUAAGACACAGAAAGUUCUUUUUGAGCAGGAGUAUCUUCUUCAGUAAAUAAUUAAUAGAUAAUUACUGAGGCACGCAGCAUUCGUAGGUAUAAUGCAGGCAGCUGAGGGCGUAGCCCGAAUUAUACAUUACACCUACGAAUGCUGCGUGCCGAAGUGAUUAUCUAGUAUAAUUAUUGUUCUUAUCAAAAUCCAAUUGUUUUCUUUCUAGCUUGUUUAUCAUAGAAACAAAGCCAAUAAUGAAUGAACUAAAUAUGUCUGAUUUUCCUCUAUGCAUUCGUUGGGAUAAUGCAGACUGAAAACAAUACAUUUUGAUAAGAACAGUAAUUAUUAAUAAUUAAAAAAACGGUAAAGAUGGUAGUAUUGUUGUAAAGUUUGAAACUCUGAAACAAAUCGUUAAAGAACGUGAUAAUACGA